CGGGCCGGGCAUCUCCGGUGCAAAGAGCUGCUCCCGGGAUCCGCAGUCCCCCGUGGACUUUGCAAGCGCAUCUGAGGGUCGCUGGAAGCGGAGCUGGGCCUGAAGAAGUGGAGCUCUCCGGUUACUUCAAAGGACAGCACUUGUGAUGUUUGUGAUGAUUCCCUGCUGCCUUUUGCUAAACUACUCACGUCAUUCCUGAGACAAGAUAGACUAUUCAAGAUACAAGGCCUCUUUCUUGAAUGAGAGCAGGAUUCUGAGACACCCAAAAUUGCAGCAGGGUCCUUCAUUGCAUGGUCUUUCCAGAUCUAGAGUUUUGUUACAGGGGUAAACAUGAAGGAGCAACCAAGUGCCCUUCCAGGUGAAGAGCCAGAAGGAGCAAGAAACCCCACUAGCAUGGCUCAGUCUGAAUUCGUGGGGGAGCAGUCCAGCUGGAAAGCAACACAGGAUACCCGAUGGGACCUCUCCAAGGGGAUGCAGCAGCACUGGGAAGCUCAAUGGCAGGAGUUUCUCAAGACUCUCCAGUUUCCUCACUCGGCAUGGGGGAGCCCACAGUUAGCAGAGACCACCCUGUGGGAUGAUGCCAAAGCCUUCCUGACCUCCUUCGAGCAAGUGGCCCAAGCCUGCCAGUGGCCCAGGGAAGAGUGGGUGACCCGGCUCCUGCCAGCACUGAGUGGAGAAGCCCAGCAGGCCUUUGGCAGCCUGGAAGCUAGAGACAGGGAGGAUUAUGGGAAAGUGAAGGCCGCCAUCUUGCGUGGGGAAGCCAAUCGCAUGGAAAUGCUGCGCCAGCACUUCAGACAGUUCCGCUCACGAGAAGUGGAUGACCCACGCCGGAUUUACAGCCAGCUACAGGAUCUUUGCUGCCAGUGGCUGAGGCCAGAGAGGCACUCGAAGGAGCAGAUCCUGGAGCUGCUGAUCCUGGAGCAGUUCCUGGCCAUCCUGCCACCAGAGCUGCAGGGCUGGAUCAGGGCAGGCGGCCCUGAGAAUUGCACCCAAGCCGCAGCCCUGGUGGACGAUUUCCUGUUGAGUCAGCAAAAGGUUGAGACUUGGAAAUGGCAGGAGCCCUUGCAAGAGAUGAUCAGGGGCUCCCUGGAGGCGGAAGGGGGCCCCCCCUUGGACUUCGGUCAGAGACGGCUUGCCAAAGAAACCAAGCAGAACAGCAACGGAGAUGCCAGUUUGCUGGGCAGUGGAAUGAAAUGCCCCAGUGAUCCCGAGAGCUCUGUUCCUCCCAAAGAGCAGGAGGCUACCAAAGCUGGGAUGACAGAGGCACCAGUGACCACCAAGGAGUCUGGCAUGUCUCUGCACGUGGUCGAGCCGGCUCAAGCGAAGCCUGGCCAGAGGACGAUGUUUUGGCAAGUCAUGCAGGAAGAGGAAGGGAACGCAGAUUCCUUGGAGGGACUCUUGGUUCCUAAAUCUGACCUCGCCUCCCACCUGGAAAAAGAUGAUGAGAUGUUUGUCCAGUUCCCAGAGGAAAGUGAGAGGCUGCCAGGCCGAGAUCCAGGUAUCGAGAAGAGAAGUCGGAUCAAGAUGGAGGGCUCUCGACAGGGAGAGACGGGGCCAGAGGAAACACAGGGGACUGUAGCAGAAAUAUCCCAGUGGAAUUUUUCUGUGGCACCUGAAAUUCAUGUGCAGAGAUGUGAUGAGAAGAGAAGUCAGAUCAAAGUGGAGAACUCUCAGCAAGGGGACAUUGGCCCAGAGGAAAUAUAUGGGACAUUAGCAGAAAUAACUCAGUGGAAUGUUCUUGGGACAUUUGAAAUCCAUAAUGAGAGAUACGAGUCUAAUUGGCAACAGGAGAAGCCAGGAGAGAAUGAAGGCAGUCAGUUCAUGGAAGGCCUCACAGAUUUGUUUAGUAACACCUACCCAGUGGACACAGAAAGGAAAAAGCCAUUCUUCUCCAACUCUGGGAGAAAAAACCACUACAAAUCAGGAUUUAUGAGGCAUACUAGAGAGAAUCCCAAUGACAACUCUCUCACACUGGGGCAAAACAUCCAACCAAAACAUUGCUUUGAUCAGCAUCAGAGAAUCCACACAGGCGACAAGCAAUAUGAAUUCGGGAAAAGAGAUAAUUUAUUGGGACAUCAGAGCAACCACAUAGGAGAGAAACCUUAUGGCUGUCUUCAAUGUGGGAAAAACUUCAGUUGUAUAAAGUCAUUAAAGAGACACCAAGGAGUUCACACCGAAGGCGGAGCAUAUCUGUGUGCUCAGUGUGGGAAAUGCUUCAGAUACAAAGAAACUUUGAAAAAGCACCAGAUCAUUCACACGGGAGAGAAACUGCAUGGAUGCCCUGAAUGCGGGAAAAGCUUCACUUUGAGAGGAGCACUAACAAGGCAUCGGAGGAUCCAUACUGGAGAGAAACCCUUUGAAUGUUCUCAGUGUGGGAAGUGCUUCAGGCAGAGAGAACAUUUGAUGGUUCACCGGAGAACCCAUACAGGAGAGAAACCAUAUAUAUGUCCAGAGUGCGGCAGAAACUUCUCUCGGAGCGAUAAACUGACCGGGCAUCUAAGAACUCACAGAGGACAGAGACCUUAUGGGUGUCCUGACUGUGGGAAACGCUUUAGUCACAAAACUACACUGACUAAGCAUCAGAGCAUUCACGUACCACAUUGACAAGGUUUUCCACUCCUAGUAGGCAAGAUUUUUUCCUGGAGGCCAUUUCCAGAGAAAGGGUGGUGGUGGUGGCGGUGGACCAGUACUUUAAUUAUUCAUUACUCUCUCAAGUAAUCUGCCAGAAUUCUAAACAAAAACAAAAAAUUCCACAAAUUUCACAGGCGCUGUAGUAAGUUAACCUUACAAUGGAGCAGCCAGUUGGCAUUCCCUGGUGUUAACCCACAGGCCCAGAGAAGAUUGCCUCUCUCAUGCUCUGAGGGUGUGAUCAGUUGUGCACAAAAAGCUUACUUUUUCAUAUUUACAUGCAAGCUGUGACAAGAACGCUUCGAACGGUCACUUAAGCCUAUCUGGCUGUGUAGUAUCUCUUAUUAGGGGGGCUUACAUAAAAAAGCCAUUAUUACUAGACUAAAUUUGCCACAAGGCUGUAGAUCCUGUUUGGAACCGUUGUGCCUUUUGGUCCUCCCUCCCUGCCUCCUGAGGUUUUCAGCGUGCUCACAAACUGUAUUCGCCAGUCAUUCUGGAGAUUACCGUUUGUGAGCAUGCUGAAAUCUCCAGGAAGACUAGUUUGCAGUUGCCUCACGAAGUGCUGCACUUACAAAUGUUCAACGUGGGUGCACAUGAACACCCUUAAAGCUGCUUUCUGCUAAAUCAGAUUUUUGCAAAGCAGUCCUAAGUACACUUUCCUAGGAGUAAGUUCUACUGAAUAGACUUGGAGAGAAUCCUGAGUAGACCUGCAUAGGGUUGCUCCCCUGUUCUAUCAAGGUCAGUCUUGUCUAUUUUGACUGGCAGCGGCUCUCCAAGGUUUCAGGUGGAGGCCUUUUCCACCACCUACUUGAUCCUUUCACCUGAAGAUGCCAGGGCUUGAACCUGGGACCUUCUGCAUGCAAAGCAGAUGCUCUACCCCUGAACUGCAGCCCCUCCCUGCAAUAGAGUUCUGAUUUCCUCUGGUUUCCAAGGCUGUUAAUUCCUUCUUGUGAUUAGUGAAAGUACAACAGGUUAUGUAAAGUAUACCAAGACAGUCACAGUUGUGUGUUUUCUGUGUUGUAUAAAGUGUCAGAUUUAAGAGGAUUUUUUUUUGCACAGAAUUAGAACUAUCUAGGCUCUCUUUUCUGAAAGGGAAGAAUGCUCUAGGUGUAAGAAAGAGGGGUCAUGUGAUCAUAGAGGCAGCAACAGAAAGAUGCGGUCAGCAGAGGGCCCUUGAAAUCAGCUGGGCAUGUGGAGAUAGGAGGGAAGUUCAGAUUACGCCCCCCCCCCAAGAAGGAGAGUUUGCUGGGCUCUAAACAAGCGGUGACCAGAGCAUGGACAAAAUUCCUCUCUCUGUCUCUUCAGGUGAUGAGAAGAGAAGUCAGAUCAAGGUGGAGAACUGGCAGCAGGGAGAGAUGGGCCCAGAAGAAGCACACUGGACAUUAGCAGAAAUCUCUCACUGGGAGAGUCCUG